AUGAUUAUAUUGUUAUUAGGAAUACUAAAUGUAUAAGGGAACAUUAUUAAAAAACCAAAUGAUUAUGCAAUAAUAUUAAAUCAAAGUAUUGAAUGAUUUAUAAGAAUAGCAUAGGAGAUCAAACAUUAUGAUUUAGAAAUAAAUGAAGAAGCAAUAUUAUUUCAAUAUCCAAAUGGAUCAAUCCUAAAAAGUACAAUAACUUCUGAUAAUAAAACAUCAUUAUGUUAAGUGACUCAUGAUUAUAUUUAAAUAACAACAAAUUUAUCCAAGCAAAUAAUAAAAUAAGAUUAGGAGAUGUAUACAAAUUUAUCAGAUUAAAUUCUUGCAGCAAUAAAUAAAAAAACAACAAUAGUGUUUAUUACAGAGCAAAAUAAUUAUGUAGAAUUUGAUUUGAUAUCUUUGGAUAUAAAAAAUACCAUAGGAUUAAAUUAAUACAUUUUAGAGAAAUAAAGUUAUAAAUCAGGAAUCUAUAGUAUUGAAACUAAUUUAACAUUUUUAUUUUAUGCGAAAGUAGUUCUAAUUUUAGAUGAAACAGACACAGUUGUAACUCAAAAUAUCAAUUAAAUGGAAAGUAAUAAAAUUCUAAGCAGUUUGGGUUAAUUGUAUGUAGCAACUAAUAAAGGAUUAAUAGUUUAUGAGAUAGACAGAAAUAAUAAAUCGAUAAUCUAUAAGAAGACAAUUGAAGAGAAAUAGAAUAUUAUUGAUAUAUCUUUGGGUGGUGAAAAUGGUGAAAUAUUAUAUCUUUUAUAAUAUGAUGGAAUUCAUAUCUAUUAAAUGACUAAUGAUACAUAAUUUAAUCAACAUUAGAAUUUAUCUCAUAUUCCAAUAGAAUAUGGAAUAUCAUUUGAUUAGAAUAAUGAUUAAAGUUUAAACAUUUUGGUUCGUCCUUAGAAACAUGUAAUUUUUAUUGAUAUUGAAAUAAAUCUUGAUAAAGGAACAUGGUUUAUUGAAAGUCAACAUAAUAUUAAAAUAAAUGCCAAAGAAGUUUAUAUCAAUGAUAGAUAUGCAAUUUUGAAAGGAGUAGAUACUCAUAACAUAAUUAGACAUUCAUUGCCAAAUAUAUUCACUGUAUAAAUAUUUAUAAAUUAUAUGUUAGAGAAUAUUCAAUAAUUAUCCUUUCAUGUUAUCAAAUACAGUAUUAUUAGGAUUUCAUGAAGUGAACAUUGGAGAAAAAGAGGAUACAAUCCAUAAUUGGUACAAGAAUCAAACUAAGAAUAUGUUAUUUGGAGUUGAUACUAAUCAAAUAGUACUAUAUAAAUGGUAAAGUUUUGAUGGUUAGAUAAUAUGUAAAACAGAUGAUGUAUAAUAAAUUGGUUAGGUAAUUGUUGAAAUCAAUAAUAAUUAAGAUGUUUAUUUAUGAUGUAUAAGCUACUUUGAGUGAAUGUAAUGAAAAGAGUGAAUAUAAAGAUGAUGUUGUAAGUAAAGAUUUAAUAGUUUGUGAAUUUCAAACAAAAUUAUAUAUAAAGAUUCUUGAAGAUCAUUUAUCCUAUUAAUAAAAUAUUUUGGUUAUAAUUUGUAUAGCAUUAGGAGGAGCUCUUGUUUUCAGUAUACUUAUUUUUGUAUGUUAUCGAAAGAAAACUUAGUCUUAAUUAUAUAUAUAUUAAGAAUAAAUAAAACAAUAUGAAAAGUUUUAGGGGGAAAUUAAUAGUGAUUCACAUGGUACGAGACAAGGUACUCGUCAUCCUAAUGAAGAUAAUAAAUUUAAAAUUGAUGUAGAUGAUUAAUGA